GGAAAUGGAUGGAAAUGGAGAAGAUUUGAUCAGCUUUUUACCAGAUGAAAUACUUAGACUCGUAAUUUCCCUUCUUCCUUUUGAAUCAUCUCUUCAAACUACUUUACUUUCUUCUACCUGGAGAAACCUAUGGAAUUCACCUCUACUCCGCUUUGGACCCAUUGAAGAUAUUGCCAAUCAAGUUUCUUCUUUUUUCAAUCAUUUCAAUAACCUUCAUCCAAUUACAAAACUUCAAUAUAACUUUGGCAAAAAUCAUUUCCUUUUAGCUUCCAUUGCACCUCAUAAUAAGCUUCACUUGGAUUUCUCCGCAGCAAAAUCAGAGUUCCCAUAUCAUUUUGAUUGGGAACUUAAGUUUGAUACACAAAAAAAUCCAUCUCCAUCUUCCUUUUAUGUUAAAUCUUUGUGCCUUAAAUCUGUCACUUACAUUACCAAUGAAGCUGUUUCGUCCCUUGUUUUGAAUAUUCGUUUUCUUGAGAAUUUAAGGAUCGACCGGUGCAACGGAUUCCAAUCUUUAUGUAUCGGUUCAACUCCGAAGCUUCAAAGGCUGACUGUUUUGGAAUGUCCAGAUUUGAGGUUUCUCCAUAUCAAGUGUUCGAAGCUUCGAUCCUUUCGGUAUCGAGGACAACUUCCACGGAUUCGUCUUGAGAGUCAUUUUAACUUGCAGGAUGCAAUGCUUGACUUCAGACAAGGCCCUGGAUGUAACAAUUUUAAGAUUAGUGAUUUUGAUCCAUGUCUCUUAACUAUAAAAAAUGCUAAUACUCUAACAUUAUGUAGAUGGAAUUAUGAGGUGCUAAUAUGGCCUUCUUUAACUUCUUUACAAGGGAACUUCAUAUUUUAUAAUAUUAAAGAGCUGUGGUGGAUUGAUUCUAAUUCAAAUGGAGGAUAUAACAAUAAUGCAUUGGUCAGCUUCCUCCAAAUGUGUCCCACAUUAGAGCGACUUUUCAUCACGAUUGAUCCUAAAAGCUAUGACACACCGAGCAAGGAAACGUACACGAAGAACGUCAGGAGGAAAACGAAAUUAGAACAUCUAAAACUUGUAAGUUUGAAGGGGUUUGUGGAUCAGAAUGAAGAAAUGGCAUUGAUUAGGCUGAUAAAAGAGGUAGUUGCUGUUGAUCCUCCAUUGUUCUUGACAGUAAUUGAUAAGAACAAGUUGGAGAGUUUGGCAGAAGUUCCUUACAAUCAAAUCAAAUCACAGAGUUUUAUCGACUUCAAAACAGAGAAAAAUGGAUCAGAUGGAAAAAACUUAUUCUCUAAGUUGGAUGAUGCAGAACAAACAUGGCCUAAACAUCCUCAUAUGAAUCUUUAGUUACCAAAAUCUUACAGUUCGUCGUUAUAUCCUUGUUUGAGUUUUUGUUAAAAUAGUCGUCUUUGGAACCUAUAUAUAUGAAAGUUUCAAACUAAUAUUUUCUUAUUAGAACAAACUAAACUGAUACAACCUACCUAGAUCAGUAAAAUAUUCUCCAUUGGACA